AUGGUGCGGACAAUGUUUACUGAUAGAGACAGCCGUGUUAUACUCGACAAAGGGCCUGAUAGUCGUCGUGUUAGACCAACCGCUUCUGCACGGGCUCACCGUGCUCAGCUUGAAUUGCGUGAACAACGAAGAUUAUGGAGGCAACAAGUAGAACAGGCGCAAGCAGAACAGGGGCAAGCAGAUGAGGUCCAACCUGAAAAGGUCCAUGCUGAUGAGGCCCCCCCUGAAGCAGAUGACGGAUAUCCUGGGGGUCCGGUUGACAGGUCUGUCUUAAGGACAUACGAGGAUCAUGAUCAUGGAGAGUUAAGGGUUUUUAGCAAUGGAAAAAAAUUAAAAGAAGUUGUCAUUGAUAAUGAAGAGGUUAAGGAACUUGUUAAAAGUUCUGGUUUAUAUCCAUUGCUAAAAUGCAGCUACGAGAUGAUCGACAAAGGUCUAAUUUAUGCCUUUGUCGAGAGAUGGCAUCGCGACACCAACAACUUUCAUCUUCCAAUUGGGGAGAUGACCAUUACUUUGGACGAUGUCUCUUCGCUGCUGCAUAUACCAAUCACCGGUGCAUUUUUUAGUGUUAAUAUAUUUAAUAAGGAUGAAGCUGCAGAAUUAUUGGGUGAGCUAGUUGGGGUUAGUCUGGCUGAUGCAAUGUUGAGUUUAACAUGA